AUGCUUCAAUUUGACACAACAAUAUCCGCGCCACCUAUCUCCCUCCUCGACCUCCCCCACGAGCUCCUUCUGGACAUCAUCCGGACUCAUCUCGCUGUACCCGGACCCACACCUCGUAUCGUUUUCAACAGCCCGCUGACUGCUGAUGCUGCGCCGCUGAAGAUGACAUGCCGCAGACUCAAGUACCUGACUGAAGAUGUCGAGAAGGGCAAGAAGGACCCAGUGAGCUCAAUCCUAUACGAUGCCCUCACUCCCCUCGCUCAGCUCCUUGACCUCCCUCUCGAGGUCCACGCUCUCACCAGUCUCUCAGGCCUCCUCAUCUCGGCUCUACCGGCUGCCCUCUCCAUCCAUACAGCGCUUGACAGUCUACCGACAUUCGCGCGGUGCCUACCCACCGAUACCAUUCCCCGGCGAGAAGCAUGGACCGUCCUCGUCCCGCCCGAUAUGUCGUUCCUCGAGAUAGAGUACCGGCUCAUGGGCUUGGCGUGUGAUCUUUACCGUCGUGUGAUGCGAUGCGCGACGCCAGUAUACACUGCGCGGAUCAUGCUAAAGUACGAUCCGGAAUUGAUGGGUAUGGAGGCGAGGAGGGAGCUCACGGAUGUGAUACGGCAGAGGAUGAUUGGGUUGAUGGGCGGGGAUAGGGUGACUACUGACUACAAGUCUACUAUUUGUGUUGAUAUGUGA